AUGGCCGAUUUCGUCGACCCCCGGAUGUCCAGCAUCAAGCCCCGCAUCCGCUACAACACCAUCGGAGGCAUUAACGGACCGCUGGUCGUCCUCGACAAUGUCAAAUUCCCCCGUUACAACGAAAUUGUCUCCCUGACACUGCCCGAUGGUACAGAGCGUUCCGGUCAGGUGUUGGAGGCCAGAGGCAACCGCGCCGUUGUGCAGGUGUUCGAGGGUACUUCGGGUGUUGAUGUGAAGAGGACCAAAGUCGAGUUUACCGGUCACAGCUUGAAGCUUGGUGUGUCAGAGGACAUGCUUGGUCGUGUGUUCGAUGGUUCAGGACGUGCUAUCGACAAGGGUCCUAAGGUCCUUGCGGAAGAUUACCUGGACAUUAACGGCCAGCCUAUUAACCCUUACUCUCGGGUCUAUCCCGAGGAGAUGAUUUCUACUGGUAUCUCUGCUAUCGAUACUAUGAACUCUAUUGCUCGUGGACAGAAGAUUCCUAUCUUCUCCGCCGCUGGUCUGCCUCACAACGAGAUCGCAGCAAGCAUAGCCAGACAAGCAAGUCUGGUCAAGCCCACUAAGGACGUCCACGAUGGCCACGAGGAGAACUUCUCCAUUGUUUUCGCUGCUAUGGGUGUUAAUAUGGAGACUGCUCGAUUCUUCACUCGCGAAUUCGAAGAGAACGGCAGCAUGGAGCGUACAACACUGUUCCUGAACUUGGCCAACGAUCCAACCAUCGAGCGUAUUAUUACUCCUCGUCUCGCUUUGACGACUGCCGAAUACUACGCUUACCAACUUGAAAAGCACGUCCUUGUCAUCAUGACUGAUCUUUCAGCAUACUGUGAUGCUUUGCGUGAGGUUUCUGCUGCUCGCGAAGAAGUUCCUGGUCGUCGCGGUUAUCCUGGUUACAUGUAUACAGAUUUGUCGACUCUGUACGAGCGUGCUGGUCGUGUUGAGGGCCGUAAUGGCUCCAUUACUCAGAUCCCUAUCUUGACUAUGCCUAACGAUGAUAUCACGCACCCAAUUCCUGAUUUAACGGGCUACAUUACCGAGGGACAAAUUUUCAUUGAUCGUCAACUGGACAACAAGGGUAUCUACCCACCUAUCAACGUGCUCCCGUCACUGUCUCGUCUUAUGAAAUCUGCUAUUGGUGAGGGCCACACACGUAAGGAUCAUUCAGAUGUGUCCAACCAGCUCUACGCGAAGUACGCUAUCGGUCGCGAUGCUGCCGCCAUGAAGGCCGUCGUCGGUGAAGAUGCCCUUUCUGCCGAGGACAAGCUUUCUCUGGAGUUCCUCGACAAAUUCGAGCGCACCUUCAUCAGCCAGUCUGCCUACGAGUCUCGCACCAUCUUCGAGUCGCUGGACAUCGCCUGGAACCUACUCCGCAUUUACCCCAAAGAGCUCCUCAACCGUAUCCCCAAGCGUACGCUUGAUGAGUUCUACGCCCGUUCCGCUCGCAAGAUUGCUAGCAAGGAUACCCGCGACAACUCGGGCGAGCACCAAGAUACCACGGCGCAGCAAAGUGCCAAUCUUAUCGAUGCUUAA